GACGACCACGAAGCCCUUGAGGAUAUGAUAUUGCCUAUCGAAAUUGACGAGGUUCUUAAGGAACUUGAUCGGGAAACCAUGUUCGAAGCUUCUUUUCCGGCCUCCAACGACAAAGGUGAACGCGAGCGCUUUCAUAAAGCCAUACGACACAACUAUCCGUCAUUGGUCAGUCGUACGGCCGAUGUGGAUAAUAAUCGUUUUGUCAUCGUAACGAAGGCGAGCCAUGCUAAAGGACAAAAGGGGUGGGCACGAGUUGCAAAGGUCUACGACCCUCCGAAAGAAACACCAUAUUGCCACUUUACUUUGUACAAAGAGGGAAAAGAUACUAUGAAUGCCUUACAAAUCGUUGGGCGGAUGCUAAAGAUUAAUUCUAAUACAUUUAGUUACGCUGGAACAAAAGACAAGAGGGCGAUAACGACCCAACGAGUCUCAGUUAAAAAUAUAUCAUCCAAGAGACUUGCAUCGUUAAAUCCUCGUCUUAAUGGCAUUAAAGUAGGAAACUUCAAGUAUCUUCCGCACUCCAUCUCUCUUGGCGAUCUCUAUGGUAAUCGUUUUUCACUCGCUAUAAGGGACGUGGUUGCGGAUGACAGCAUUAUCCAUCGAGCCAUCGCAGAAUGGCAGAAACGGGGUUUCAUAAACUAUUUCGGACUGCAGAGGUUUGGGCAUUCAGCUCAGGCACAAACAUUCGAGAUUGGAAAGCAAGUUUCAAAACAAUUAUUUAAUCAUCUGCCUGCUGUGAGGCAGAUGAAAGAAAAAUACAUAGAGACACAGGAUGCCAAAGCGUGUGGGGAAAACAUGCCGCAAUGCCUUGAAAAAACUCUCUUGCUCGGCAUUGCACGUCAUGGAAAGACCCUGACUGCCAUCCAAACGCUCCCCCGAAAUAUGCGCCAGCUGUACACUCACAGUUAUCAAAGUCUGGUAUGGAAUCGAGUCACUAGCCGACGGUUCAGUGAACUCAGUUUCAAGUCGGAUAGCAAAGCCAUCGUCGGAGACCUCUUCUUUCCGUCUCAGGAGUCCGCGCAUAAAGGUAGGUGCCUUUUGAAGACGUCGACUUCUCUCUCUUUUUGUGCACAGUCCUGUCCGCAGGGCAGUAUGCUGCUUUGA